AUGAGAAGACGAACAAGGUCAGAGAGAAAAAAACCGGAAAGACUGGGGACAGGAACUAUUGGCGGUGUCGACCGUUAUAAAGGCAAUGGAAUUGUGCUUGGGACAAGUAAACUGUUUUCAACCGCGCUCACCGCUGCGCCGGCUGCGGAACAAAUUUUAGUUCAUCGCCUUUUGUAUCAACGCCAAGGAUCUCAAAAAGAACGAUUGAAUAACAUUUUGUCUUUUUGUGGGUUUGAAACCGACGACCAAGCCGAGAAAUGUCAAGCGUCUGCGGAGAAAAGAACUGCGGAAGAGAUCAACUCCCUUUGUGCGAUAUUUAAGAUUGAAGAAGACGAGAAUAAAGUCGAGGCUUUGGUCACGUUCUUUAAAACACCAACGCGGCCUAAUGGAGAUGAAACGGUCGAGUUCGAAGACCAAGCGGAAGACGAAGAAGAAGAGGAAAUCGAUGAGGCGCAAAUGGAAGAAGAUGACGAAGACCAAGAACUCUAUGACGAGAAUGAAGACGCAGGAAAGGAGGAAGAAGACAAUCAGACAAGUUCGAGUGAUGACGAUGACAAAGAAGAGAAAGAGGAGAGUGAAGAACCUGAAGAAGAAGAACCGGAGGAAGAAGAGAAUGAAGAAGAACUUGACAACGUCUAUGAAGAGAGUAUUACUGAGAAGAAAAAGAAGACCAAAAAGGGGUCGAAAGAGAAAGACGACAGUAAAGCAGUUAAGAAGCCUAAAGAAGAUGAUGGUGAGAAGAAGAAGAACACUAAAAAGAAGACCAAAAAGGAGUAA